AAAACACCACAGUUGCGUUCAGCGUUUGAGGACAAAUGGCAACACCAGGCAUCGACCUGGUGGUUCGCAGUGUGCACAGAACGUUCGUGCUAAACGGCGUAGAUCCAAAUGCCAGCAUCGAUGACCUGAAGGGACUGCUCCACAAGCGAGGCGCGGAGGAGAACCUGUCGCUGCCUGCGCAGAAGCAGCGACUGGUGCACCGUGGCAGCGUGCUAAGCGCUGGCAGUCUGCAGCAAGCUGGCGUACGCUCCGGCGACCACCUGGUGCUGCUGGUGAACCGGGCCGGUGCCGUGCCCAGCGUUCCCGACGACACUACCCCCGUGCCUACCGCGGCCACCAUCCGCACGGCCAUCCUGGCGGAGGCGCGGAGGCGCGGCGUGGAGAGCAGCAUCGUGGAGGAGCAGCCCCGGCCAGCCCGGCACAUGUACGGCGGCCCGGGCGGCAUGCCGCUGCCCAUGGACGCGCUCGCCAUGGACGUGGACAACCAGCUCAUGCAGCUGCUGGCGGCGCUGGGCGGCCGCGUGGCGGUGGCGCCCGGCGGUGGAGGAGGUGGAGGCGCGGGGCAGGUGCAGGUGGGCAUGCCGCCUUUCGGCAUGCUUCCGCCUGGUAUGCGCCUUUUCGGCGUCCCGCCGCCACAUGCCGCUGGAGGCGGCGCCCACGCGCCAGGCGGCGGCGCGGCAGCCCACGCUCCGCCCCAGCCGGCACAGCCUCCGCCUCCGCCGCCCGCGCCUGUGAUUCCGGAGCCUGACGCGUCGGCGAUGGCGCAGCUGGGCGAGAUGGGCUUUGGCGAGCCGGUGGUGCGCAAGGCGCUGUUGCUGCACCGCAAUGACAUGGAGCAGGCGCUCAACUGGCUGCUGCAGCACGGCGACGACCCCGCGGCUGCGGAGCCGCUCACAGAUGACCAGCUACGGCAGAUCUACGCGGGCGGCCUGCGGGGCCCCGCCUCUGAGCCGGAGCAGGUAGAGCAGCUGGUGGCAAUGGGCUUUGACCGCCACCGCGCCGCCGCCGCGAUGCGCCGGUACCGCAACAUGGACGUGGCGCUGGCCAUACUGCUGCAGCAGGAGGAGGCGGCGCAGGCGGCGCAAGGCGAGCAGGCGGCGGGGCAGCAGGGCGAGCAGCAGGCUGCGGCGGGGCAGGGAGGGCAGGGCCAGGAGGGCCAGCAGGCGGCGGCGGUUCCCGCCCAGGCGCAGCAGGCGACGGACGGCGCGCGCCCGGUACAGGAGGCGCAAGGAGGUGCCGGGGCAGCAAUGGUGCAGACACCGGUAGCGGCGGCGGGAGGGCCGGAGGCGGCUGCGCAUGGGGAGGGCCACGCGCAUGAUGGCGAUGAGGAGGGGAAUGAGCACGAGCACGACGAGGAGCAGGAUGAAGAUGACGACGACGACGAUGAGGAGGAGGAGGAGGAGGAGGAGGAGGAUGACGAAGAGGAGUACGAGGAAGACCAGGAGGAGGAUAUGACGGGGGACGGCGAUGACGAGAUGCGCCUGAUGCACAUGGGUCUCAUGCAGGCCGGCGGGGGUGCCCGGGGGCCAGGCGCCGGGAAUGCCGGCGCCGCGGCCGGCGGCGCCGGCGGCGCACCCGGUGCCGCGCCCAUGGACGACGGCGGGCUGGGCGCGGGGCUGGCAAUGGGCGGCUUCGGCGCGCCUCCGUUCCUGGUUGGGGGCGGUGGCGGCGGCAUGUAUGGACUGGGCGGCGGCGGCGGCUCGGCGCCGGCCGUCACCAUCACGCGCGGACCCGACGGCAAUGACCUGGUACUGGGGUCGGCUGGUGCGUCGAUGCCGCCGCUCAUGCCCUCACGCGGCAUCAUGUUGGGCGGCGGCGGUGGCGGCGGCGGCAUGGGCGGCGGCCUGAACAUGCUGGCGGAUCUGGCGCCGCUGCUGGGUGGUGGCGGGGGUGGCCGGGGCGCUGGCGCGGGUGGUGCUGGUGGCGGCGCGGGUGCGGGCGGCCCCGAGGAGGAGGAGCUGCUGCAGGGCAUGGGCCUGGUGCAUCAGCUGCUGAGUGCGGUGCUGAGGGACGCGCUCAACGGCCAGGGAGGGCAGGGCGGUCCGGGUGGCGGACCGGAGGGUGGGCCGGCCCGGCGAUGAGGUGCUCAGGAAGGGUCAGACAGCGUGGCUUGGUUGUAGUUGGGCGUGCUCGCUGUUGCGGCUCGGUGCGUCAUGAUUGCCAGACUGUCAGCGGGGCCAGUCCCGCCAGCAAACGGUAGCUGUCAUUCGGCGAAAGUCUUUGACAGUUCACGUGUAUUUCAGGUGCGGGAUGAAUGGCAUACAGGAUUGGGGGGGCUUGGAUACAAGAGCAUGCGCCCAAGGACUGCGCGUGUAACUAGGCGUUUACCCACGUUGCAAGGCCUCUUGUAGCAUCCAAGUCUUUCGCAGUGUCGCAUCAGGGUCGCACUGCCUGGACCCGGCUGGCCCCGGACAGUCGGACCUCGAUACCACAGUGCAAACUGCUAAAGUG